UUUUUAAAAAUAAUGUUAAUUAUUUCAAAAACAGGGAGCUAACGUCUGUCAUUUAAAAGAGCUCUUCAUUUCUUCUGCAGGAAAGCAGAAGUUAAGCUGGAACCAGGAGGCGAGAAAGAUUAUCAGCAGGUGUGCUCUUCAUAAAAGCGAAGGCUUGAUGGUAUGGAAGAUGGUGCGUUAAUGCCAGGAGGAAACACAACAGCAGAGGUGAUGGAGAAGCUGCUUUAGCUGCUAAUCAUCUGAUUUGUAAACAAAAUGAUCUGCUAAAAAAAAUUUUUUAACAAGAGGAAUGUAUUCAAGAAGGUCACCACCAAGUUUUGGAGUAAACGUUGCAGCAAUGUCACUCAGAGAGUGGACUAUGGUUGUCAUGGAAACAAAGAAAUUCUUUGAAUUACACUUUAUUAAAGUACAAAUACUCACAAUGGAUGAUUUAUAUGCAUUAUGAGAUGCAAAGCUUCUCUGUAAAUAAAAAUUACACAAAAGAUAAAUAUGGCAAUAGAAGAGUAAAGAUUUGCUUUGUAACCUCAGGACCUGGGCUUUCUGGAGAACAACUGAGUCUUGGUCAAAAUCUUGUCAAGUAACAAGAUGAUGUAAGGCAGGGCAACAAAAUGGCGUCAGAAUCCACUGAGCUUCCUUCUUCCAUUCAUUUGUUGGCUCAUUGUCGUAUUUUGGUAUAUUUCCACAACCAUAUUUGUAUUUAUUUGUAUUAGGUUUUCAUUUGGUUCUUCAUCCUCGAACUUGAAAAUUAAAAUUCUUUUACUUUCUCCAUCUCGCGUUGAAAACAUACCAUCGCAUAAAGGGAGGUUGUCAGUUCUUCCAUUACGUAGCCUAUACUUGUUUGAGUUCAUUUUUCCAUUCUUCUAUUGUUGGUAAUUUGACAUUUUUCCAGUUUAUUGUGAUCAUCUUUCAUGCAAUUACUUGAUACUGUAUAUAAAGUACAUUUCUUGGUUCUCUCUUGACGAUUUCAGUAGGUAUCACACCAAGCAGCUAUAGCAGUAUACUUAAAAGUCUGGUAUUUUUAAAAUGUCUUCUUUAACUUUGAUCCAAUAAUCUUUAAUAACCAGGUCCAAAAUGUGUUUGGUCUUCUAUUUUUCUACCUUUUCUUCAACAUACUAUAUGGUAAGAUGCACAAAAGUCAUUGUUCUUUUUGUUUCCUAUCUUUAUUAGUUCCUUUUUUUCUUUUGUCUUUUAUGUAGUAUCUAUAAAUACAUGUUUGUUUAUGGGAUGUUAUAAUUGCCUCUUGUUUGUUGGGUGGGUUAAAGGUUUUGUUUUCGAUACUAGGCUGUGUUUGUACCAUUAAUAAAAAAAUAAAAUAAAAUACAAAAUGUGAAAAAACAGUCAGAAAGAUUGCCAAAAAAUGAUCUUAUGUCGUUGCCAAAAUGUUCUCAAGAUACAACAGUCAUAUCCAAAAUAAUAACCAUGAAAUAUAACAAUCUUCUGCUACAAAAGUGCCUGUUUUUCAAUAAUAGCACAUUUAUUUUAACUCUUAUCAAAAGUGUCUAAUAUUAUUAAUUAAUACUCGUUCUAGUUUAUAUUUGUAUAUAAUAAAAAUUAUUCCAUCAAGCAGAUCUAGUCAGCUUGUUAACCUUUAUUGCUUUAUUGUUUAGGGAUUUUGUUUAUAUUUGACUUAAUAAUCAGCACUUUUAUAAGUGCUAUGCAAAAUAAUACAAUUGAUUGAUAAUUAGUUUGAAAUAUUCAAAUACUUUGGGUUCAGCAAGGUCAACCAUAUUUACCAUAUUUAUUCGGAAAUUAUAUUAAAAAAAAAACAAAAGAUGAUCACCAUUUAUCUGCCAAUCUUUUGUAUGUAAAGGUCAGAGCAGGGCAGUGCAGGUUUUCUGGAGGACAGCUGUUUAUGGACCCGCGCUGUGUGACCUGUCGGUUGCGCGCACUGUCAAAGACGCGCGCGCGCAGCAUCCUGCCCACCUCCCCGUUCCCCUGCAAAGACGCUCUCCGGGCUUUCACCGAGACAAUCCAGCUGUCAUUUACCGACAUUCCUGCUCAGCUGGUGGCGGACCGCGCGGUUCGGCGUCCCGGGGACAGAAACAACUCAAGGGCACCGCUGGAGCACCGAGUGGACCUCCGCUGAUCAACAGAUUCCUGCUUCUCCUGAAGAAGAAAGCAAGGAAGGAGCUGGAACGCGGGAGCGGAGCCACACGUGACAUAUUUACGGUCAAAUGUUCGGCUCUGUCUGACUGAGAGAUGAGCAGAACGGGGCGCAACGCUCGGUUUUGAUCCGCGGCUUCAGCUGUUCGAGGUGCCGGAGGAGCUCCGAUCCGAUCCGUGCCAAAAUGACAAGACUAUUGUCUAACAUCUUCUUAACGGAAUGGGCCCGUAGGAAUGUUGGCACCGGCUUUACGCAGCAAACCACAUAGUUUCCUCGCCGUAGCACAGACGAGGACGGAGCACAUGGACUCAGAGUCGCUUCCACGUCCUCUAGAGAUGCUGUGAGUCCAAACUGACAUCCGCACAGGCGCCCAGCUGGUUUCUCCAGAGAAGAGGAGCAGCUCAGACAUUCAAGUUUGGACCUCAUCAAGUCCAAAACGACCUUCCCUUCCCAAACAAAGAACCAUCUUACAUCUUAAAGCAUCUUCACAGACUCGCAAAGCGAGUCUGUGAGCAGGUGACAGAGGGACACUGUCUGCCCCACUGUCCAGCGACACCAUGAGCUGGAGCUUCCUCACGCGGCUGCUGGAGGAGAUCCACAACCACUCCACCUUCGUGGGGAAGCUGUGGCUCACUGUGCUCAUCGUCUUCCGCAUUGUUCUCACUGCUGUUGGGGGAGAGUCCAUCUACUACGACGAACAAAGCAAGUUUGUCUGCAACUCAGGCCAACCGGGCUGUGAGAACGUCUGCUACGACGCCUUUGCUCCCCUGUCUCACGUUCGUUUCUGGGUUUUUCAAAUCAUUUUGGUGGCUAUGCCUUCUCUCAUGUACAUGGGCUACGCCAUCAACAAGAUUGCACGGUUAGAGGAAGCAAAAGGGGGAUCGGCAGCGGUCAGAACGGGCGGAGGAGGCUACACACACAGAAAACCCAGGAAAAUCUGCUUUGGAGCAAAUCAGCACAGAGGCAUUGAGGAAACGGAGGGAGAUCAGGAGGAUGAUCCCAUGAUCUAUGAGGUGCCAGAGAUCGAGCCGCCAAAACGGCCAAGGGAUCCGCUCCAGCCCACACCCAGACCCAAAAUACGGCAUGACGGGCGUAAGCGCAUUCGUGACGAAGGGCUGAUGCGGGUCUAUGUACUGCAGCUGGUGACUCGAACUGUACUGGAGGCAGGCUUCCUCACAGGUCAAUACCUGCUGUAUGGUUUCCGUGUGAAGCCCGUGUUUGUGUGUUCGGGUAAGCCUUGUCCCCACAGCGUCGACUGCUUUGUGUCGCGGCCUACAGAGAAAACCAUCUUCCUGCGCAUCAUGUAUGGGGUCACCGUCCUUUGCCUCACUCUCAAUGUCUGGGAGAUGCUCCAUUUAGGCAUUGGCUCAAUAUAUGAUAUUCUUCGACGGCGACGUUGUCCUCCUCAGGAAGAUGAGUACCAGCUGGGCUUGUUGGGCACAAAUGGUGCCGGGGAAAGCUCUGUUGGUGGGACGGGGCCUGAGGCGGGAUCUGAGGAAGGGGUGGGUGGGGAUGGCGCUGCCGAUUACGUUGGCUACCCCUUCUCGUGGAACACCCCAUCGGCUCCACCGGGCUACAACAUUGUUGUGAAGCCAGAGCAGAUGCCGUACACGGACCUCAGCAAUGCCAAGAUGGCAUGCAAGCAGAACAGGGCUAACAUUGCUCAAGAGGAGCAGCAGCAGUUUGGCAGCAAUGAGGACAAUUUCCCCACUGGAGGAGAAGCUCGCGUGGCUCUCAACAAAGACAUGAUCCAGCAAGCUCAUGAACAACUGGAAGCAGCAAUCCAAGCCUACAGUCAACAGCACCGAGCAGAGGAACAGCUUGGAGACAACCAAGACGACAAGCCCCAGAGUAACAUUAUCCAGGCUCAACCGCAGCCACAUUCUCAGCCUCAGAAAGAACGUAAGCAUAGGGUCAAGCAUGCGAAAGGGGGCAGCAGUGGAGGAGGCAGCAGCAGCAACAGCAGUAGCAGCAAAUCAGUGGAGGGCAAACCCUCUGUAUGGAUUUAACCCCAAAUCAAAGAAGGAUGAGGGGCUGUUGCAGACUUUCUGGGAUACCCAAGCACCACAGUGCCUUAAAGAAUCCUGCAGGCUGGAGAAGAUGUGAAGAAAGGUGUGUAGCAACAUGAACAUGUGAUGGAGCAGCUGACAAGUUCUUUGUCUGGGCUAUCACUGUCUAACUUGAAAAAAAUCACACAGAGGAUGUUAGACUGGAGUUUGUCGUUUACAUGUCUUGUCGUUUGAAGACCUCAAGUAGAUCAUUGACAUCCUUUGUCUUCCUGUUCCUCAUUUCCUAGUAAUUCAGCUUUGGAAAAUAAUGAGGUUUCUAGUAAUUACAUUAAACCCAGAUCUGACUCAGCACAUUUUCCUCUACAAAUAACUACAUAAACAAAUACAAAACAAAAAAAGAACAAAACAAAGCAUCAUUGCAGUAAAGUGGUCCCUAAUGCUGAGCUGAAGCCAUGAUUGCAUGCUUGUCAUAAAAUUCCAUUACUGUAUGGAUGUGAAUUGCAGUUUAAUGGAAGUCUUAAGCUGUGACUUGAUGCUUCAGAGGGACCAUCAUCUUCCUGAAAGCCGUGUCCUGUCAGUUAUGUUUAUGCUUUCUCCACAGCACCUUUACAACCGAAAUUAAACCUUUUGCAUUUUCCGAUGACACCAGCUGCUACUCAGGAACCGCUGAGUAAGGCGGGUGGAUCUCAAAAAGUCAGAGAAACAUUUUUAGGAGCAAAGUUUGUAUAAAAUCCAGUUUUUAUUGUUCUAGGACAUGAGGAAUCAGUGCUUCACUGUUGCUCCAUCUGCCUUGCCGUUGACUGCCCCCUGGUGGUUUCUUCAUCGUCUGCGGAGUAGAUGCCAAUACUACCUACAUCCUCAACCAGCUGAACCCUGACUGUUUUUUUUUCUGAAGACAUGACAUGUCUCGCCUAUGUCUUCCCAAGCUUGGUGUUAGACUCACACGGUUUUACGUCACCGCCUUGUGAUGGAAACAGUUCCAUGUCACUCUGCUAGAACAAAGUGAGACCAAACACUGUUUGUGAGAUGCAAGUGUCAGUGCCAAGAUUUUACACCACGCUGCUAUGAAGCUUGGUUGUUUGCAGCUUUGGAAUAAUGUGGCCAUCUUACUCCAGCCAUGGAACUAUGCCUAUGUGAGACCAACGGUUUUGUAAAAACCUUUUUUAUGACAAUGUUGCUAAUUGGAAUGAGAUUUUAAAUGAAAAAAAAAAAAAACAUCUACUACAAAAUGGAGUCAGUUUUUACGUUCGAAGCAGUGUUUUGUAUAAAAGCGCUGUUUUUGAAUUUUUGUAAAUUAAAAAACAAGUUGAGAUCUUUGAAAACUGAGUUCCCUAAAUGUGUAUUUAUAGUAGUUGUGAUUUGAAUUGCCUUCCAUUUGUUUAAAAAGGGAAUUAUUUUUAUAACGUGUAGGGGAAAAAAGGCCUUGUUUUCCUUGUUUGUUCAAGUUUUUUGUUCAAGUUCAGUAUUUGAUGUGAGUGCAAGUUUCACCAUAAAGAAGAGUCUGAUUACAAACACAUUUGUGAAGUUUUUUUAGGGCGUGAGGCUGUGGGGAGGGGUGGUAGCCAAAACCCAGAGAGAAGCCAGCCAGCCAGCAGCAGGCAGACAUAAAAUCACCCGCAGUGGUUUAUACAGCUGUCACCAAAAUGCAGAUUGACGCUCAUUACAAAGAUGUCACCAUGAUUUCUACAGGCUACAAGUAAUUUUAUGGUUGUUUGCCCAAACUGUGUCAUUCUUUUACCCUAAAGGCCAAUCAAUCCUUAUUAAAGUCGUCCCCUCAAAAUCAAGUGUCUGAGGAAGUUACUGCUGUUUUAGUGGAGGGAUCAACAGAAAUAUGACAUUUGUCUGAAAAAGAGAUUUAAAGAUUUCAACCUCGUGUUGCCAAAAAUGUUUGGACGAGUCCUUGUUUUAUGAAAAAAUAAGGGUUUUCACACACAAAAAAGAAGCAUAGUUUUGUACUUCUAAUGGCAGGUUCUUGUUCCUCAUUAAACAAUUAUAAAAAAGGGAAGAGACGUUGUUAAUAAGUAAAAAAAGGCUUUUUAUUUGCUUGUUUGAGCAAAAAAAAACCUAACAUGUCAAGUUGCAUUGUCUGCUACAUUUGUUUAAGGUUUUUUCAAUGUAAUGAUCAAUCUGAUUGGAACAUUUCCAAGUGGAGGUUUAUCAUUUUAUAUUGUGUACUCUGUGUGAGUCCAAAAGUGAUUUUCAAGGUAAGGCAAAUAUACUAAGUGCAUGAGCCCUGCCUGGUAGAGAUUUGCAGAUUUUUCUCUUUAUAGGAAACUUAAAAAAGGAGAAUUAAAGGAGAUGGUGCGUAUUUGAUGUAAAAAUGUUCAGCUGGUGGGUGUGAAUGUAGCAGGAAAGGCCAACGUAGACUGUAUGACACAAAUGCUUCCAAAGCCAAAUCCAAUUCCCGAAGAGGAGGCUGUGAUUUGUGGUUUGGAAUCGAACCAUUUACUGUAUAUGAGAGCGGGACUGAUUGACCCCUCCUCCCUGGCGUUUCAAACAGGAAGUACCCGCUGGCUCAAAGAAGCCAAAAUCUCAUAGACUUUUAUAGAGAAGUCCCUUCAUUAUUUUUUUUUACACGUUCUUCCUAAUUUUAAUUUUUUUUUACGAUAUUUUUUCUGUAGUGCAAGUCAUUUAAGGAAUAAACUGACCAAUUAUGCCUCAAACGUGCCUGCUGCCCCCUAUGUGCAACGUUCAAAACAUUUGACAGAUUUCAUUUAGUCUGCUUUCAAGUGGUCAGGAUGUGAAUUUCCAUCAAGCGAACUCCUGAUUGACGAGACUGGGACCGAUCACUGCUUACUGACAUUGUCUGACUCUAACAUGGCAACAUCACAAACAAUGGUGACUGAAUGGAUUUUAUGCGGUUGGAGCCUGAAGUACGUCAUUUUUUUAUGGGUGACAUCACACUUGCUCGGUCCAGUUCUCAUGUACAGUCAGUGGAUUGAACAUUUGCCUUCAUUCAAGCUCCGAUAAUGUGGUGCAAAUCACACUGAGACACUAGGGGGAGACACAGGAACCAGACCUUUUUGAAGAUUGUUUAUAAUCAUUAUUAUUAUUAUUUUUAUUAUUAUAUAUGUGAAAAAUAUGAUCAGCAAAGCAAAUGAAAGGCUUCCAUAACUACCAUAGAAGACAAGUAGAUUGGUCUUUUUCUUAAGAAGGAACCCAAAACCUUUUGCCAACACAAUGAGACUGAAUGACAUUGUUGUGGAGGGCGGGAAAUGACAUUUUGCACAGCUCUGUUUUGCCAACAUUAUUGCACAAAGUAUUGUACAUCUGUGAAUUUUCUUUGAACUGUUUAUGAGAGAGAGGUUAUACGUCUUUUUAUGGAUCUGUUUAUGGAGGAUGACUGCCAUCCUCAGCAUCUGUCCAUCCCAUUAGAACAAAGUCCGUGUUCAGGUGUGAGACCGCAGCCAAGCUGUGAUGUUUCCCUACGUGUUUCCUGUAGCCAGUCAUGUGGAAUGUGAAAAAAAAAACAGUUACAACAUAGAAACUGUUGAUUCAUUCUUGUAUUUGUGUGUUUGUGUGUCUUUCUAUGCCUUUUGUAAUAACAUACAUUUCUUUGAGUGCCGUUCUGGUAUCAUCUGGCCAAGAUUUUUUCAUAUUCUCUAAAGACUACAACAGAUUUGCAUGUGAAAAGGGAGUAUUUUCCUACAAAAUAAAUAAAAAUGCAUUUGCAAUAAAGUCUCA